AUGGCGGCGAGUUCUAGAGGCUUUUCCACCACGCAGUUCGAUUUCAAGUUGAGAGUAGCGCCGCUCAAUGUUGUUCCGCUUCCGAAGAAUCACGUUCUGGAGUUAGCUCCGAGGAAGCGUAGGAAGCUCUGUUUCGACUUCGCUGAUCGAGUUCGACUCGGAAGUGGCGCAAUUUGGUGCUGCUGUUCUGACUCGGUUACUCCGAUUCGCAGAACGAGUGGACCUGGCAACGGCGGGGAUAAGAACGAGGAACGGAGGUUCGAUACCAAAAAAAACCCUCACAUUCACCGAGUGAGGGUUCAGGCCUCUCCUGCUGCAAUGCCUUUCGCCUCUCCACCAUCAUUUCUGAAGCAGGAAAAAUUCUUUCCUCGUUGCACCCCAAGAAAUUCUGGCCCACAGUCACGCGAUACACCCCCAAAAAGAGACACUGGUAUAGCAAAUGAGAAGGACUGGGGUAUCAGCUUGUUGAAUGAAAAUGUUAAUGAGUCCGGCACAAAUGAAGAUGGGAGUACCUGGUACCGAGAAAGUGGGGAAGAACUGGGUGAAAAUGGAUAUAGAUGUCGAUGGACAAGAAUGGGUGGACAAUCUCAUGAUGUUUCCUCAGAAUGGAAAGAAACGUGGUGGGAGAAGAGUGACUGGACUGGAUAUAAGGAGCUAGGUGUGGAGAAAUCUGGCAGAAAUUCUGAGGGGGAUUCUUGGUGGGAAACAUGGCAGGAAAAUCUUCAUCAAGAUGAAUGGAGUAACAUAGCAAGAAUAGAAAGGAGUGCACAAAAACAAGCAAAAUCAGGAACUGAAAAUGCUGGAUGGUAUGAGAAAUGGUGGGAAAAAUAUGAUGCAAAAGGCUGGACUGAGAAAGGGGCACAUAAGUAUGGUAGAUUGAAUGAACAAUCAUGGUGGGAAAAGUGGGGAGAGCAUUAUGAUGGAAGAGGUUCUGUUCUCAAAUGGACAGAUAAGUGGGCUGAAACUGAGCUUGGGACAAAAUGGGGAGACAAGUGGGAGGAGAGGUUUUUUAAGGGCAUAGGUUCAAGACACGGAGAAACAUGGCACGUGUCUCCAAGCAGUGAACGUUGGUCAAGAACUUGGGGAGAAGAACACUUUGGAAAUGGGAAAGUCCAUAAGUAUGGAAAUAGCACAACUGGUGAGAGCUGGGAUAUAGUUGUAGAUGAAGAAACUUAUUAUGAGGCUGAACCUCAUUAUGGAUGGGCGGAUGUUGUGGGUGAUUCAACCCAAUUACUUUCAAUUGAGCCUCGGGAGAGGCCUCCUGGUGUUUUCCCUAACAUAGACUUUGGUUCGCCUCCAUUGCCGGAGGCUAUUGAUGACUCGCCGCAAGAUUUGCCCCCUUCACAAUGA